AUGCAGACUGCUUCUACAAAGAUUUGUGAAAGACUGUGCAAUAAGUCCAUCCGUGACAUUUCCUUGUUACUAAAUAUUCCAUGGUCAACUGUUAGUAAGAUUAUAACAAACUGGAAGAAAUUGGGAACAAUAGCAACUCAGCCAUGAAGUUGUAGGCCCGUAAAAUGAUAGAGCGAGGUCAACCUAUGCUGAAGCACACAGUGCGCAGAAGUCGCCAACUGUCUGCAGAGUCAAUAGCUAAAGAGCUCCUAACUUCAUGUGGCCUUCAGAUUAGCACAACAGUGUGUAGAGAGCUUCACAGAAUGGGUUCCCAUGGCCGAGCAGCUGCAUCCAAGCCUUCCAUCACCAAGUACAAUGCAAAGCGUCGGAUGUGUAAAGCACACUGCCACUGGACUCUA